AUGGAACAGUGGCCUGUGAAAGCUGCCUUGGAGUGCAGAGAAGUGGAAGUUUCUUCAGAAAGCAGCAGGCUGCCAGCGUUUUAUCUCUUCUGCUCGGAAACAGCCGCGGCCUGCGCAGCCCCCUCCGCUCUCCGGCGGGGUCAGAGCUCCCCCUCCCGAGGCACCGCGGCCUCGCUGCUCCCCGGCACCGCUCCCGCUGCCCCCGCCGGGUCUCUCUCCGGGGGCCGCCAGGAAGGAAGCGGCGGGCGCUGCCUCCCGUCCCGGCAGGGGCGCUCCGCUGCCGCCGGGCUCGCAGGCAGGUACCCGCCGCGGGAGGGACGGGCCGCCCGUCCUCCCGCGGUUCCAGGCGGGGCCUGGCGGGGGGUGGCGGGGCCGGGACCCGGUGUAGCCUCCCCCGCGGGUGCUCGGCGCUGCGGGCGGGCGGAGGGAAGGCGGCGGGCGGCGCUGGGCGGCCGCACCGCAUGCGCAGGAGGGCAGGUGUCGCCGGCAGCCGAGGAGCCGCCGGCAGCAUCGUGGCAGCUCCGCGUCCACAUGGUGCUGUGUCAGGGCGGAGAGGGCGACGCUGCUCCGGCAGCGGGCGGGCAGGAGCCGGAGGUGCCGCCGGGCCAGGAGGACGGGCCGAGUGCGGUGCAGCCGUGCCCGGCGCCCGGCGUCGAGGCGGCGGGUGCCGAGGAGCGCCGCGCUUGUGGCUGCUGCUCGGGCAUGUCCUGGCCAUUCUGCUGCGAGGCGCCGGGAGCAAAGAAGAAAGCUGCAAAGUGCCCAGGACUUGGUCUGUUUUAUACCAUACUGUCUGCCUUCCUUUUCUCAGUGGCCUCUUUAUUUCUUAAAAAAAUAGAAGAUAUACAUUCAGUGGAAGUGAGUGCAUUUCGAUGUGUUUUCCAAAUGGCAUUUGUUCUUCCUGGUUUAAUAUACUACAAAACAGGGUUUUUGGGACCAAAAGGUAAAAGAAUUUUUCUUUUCUUCCGAGGAUUCCUUGGCUCUACUGCUAUGAUUCUUCUCUACUACGCUUACCAAGUCAUGCCACUAGCUGAUGCCACUGUUAUAACUUUUACCAGUCCUGUUUUUACAUCAUUCCUGGCAUGGAUCUUUCUCAAAGAGAAAUACAGCCUUUGGGAUCUUCUGUUUACUCUCUUUGCAGUCGCUGGAGUGAUUCUUAUUGCCAGACCACCAUUUCUGUUUGGCUCACACGUUACAGGGAUUGAAGGAAGUUACUCAGACCACCUCAAAGGAAUUAUAGCAGCGAUUGCAAGCACAUUUUCUGCAGCUUCCACUAUUGUUAUACUAAGGAAGGUGGGAAAGUCUGUGCAUUAUUUUUUGUCAAUUUGGUAUUAUGCAGUCAUUGGAUUAAUUGGAUGUGUUAUAGCAUUGUUUGUUUUGAAUGAAUGGCGUUUACCACAUUGUGGUAAAGAUAGGUUUUUUCUAAUAUUAAUAGGCUUGUUAGGGUUGGGGGGUCAGAUAUUUCUCACAAAAGCAUUGCAGAUAGAGAAAGCUGGACCUGUAGCAAUAAUGAGAACAAUGGAUGUGGUGUUUGCUUUUAUUUUACAAGUUCUUUUUCUCAAUCACAUACCAACUUGGUGGACUGUGGGUGGUGCCCUUUGUGUGGUAGCCAGUAGUUCCGGAACCGCCAUUCGUAAGUGGAGACACAGUGUGAAAAAAGCUAAACAGAGGGCAAUCUAACAGUAUAGACACCAAUUCACUACAAAACAAGCAAUCUUGAAAGAUAUAUAAAUACAAUAUUUAUUUUUAUUUAUUUAAAUAUCCAAUUUACCAAAUUGUAGUACCAAAUUAUAUCCAGUAAAAUAAGUUGACUUUUUUUUUAACCGAAAUUGAAGAUGUUUUAGAGCUGAUGAGGUAUAUACUUUUCUUUCUUAUAUUUAGGCAUGCUAAUAUGGGCAGUAGAGAGAUACUUCAAAGAUGUUGCUUCCUUUCAAAAGUGUAUAAUAUUUAUUUUCCUAAAGUUCCUGACUCUCCACUUAGACUCUAUUUUUCAGAGCACUGGUAAUAAGUCUCCCAGACUUAAUAAUAUUCUGUGCUUGAUUACCACAGGGAUUGCAGUACAAAAGUUGGAAAGGAAUGAAGAGUUGAUAAUCCUUAAACAACCAGCUUUUAUAGAACAGAUAAAGCUUGUACUUCUAUAAGCUUUCUAAUUAUUAUUUUGCACAAACAGAUGCCAAAUGCGGAUUUAAUUCAGAUUCUAAAAAAACAAAAAGUGAUUUCAUUUUUCCAAGUAAUAUCAAGGAAAAAUUAACUUGUGAAAAUUACCUAUCAGCUUUUCUUUAAAAAAAAAAAAAAGUAGUUUUAAGUGUUUGCACUUCACAGACGUAGUGAAAUAACCUAAUCACCUAUUUUUUUUCAAAAGUGAUUUUCCCUGUAAACAUGUCUUUAGUUGCUGUAGUCUCAGUUUUAAGAGACAGCAGUUAAUUCUAUACCACACUUAAAUUAGCCCUUUCUUCUGGUAUGGACUGCUGCGCUGUAGCUGCACUUUUCUUUAUUCUAUGCAAAAGAUUAUAUUUUUUAGGUAUUUGAUAUAGGUUAUAUUUAAUGCUGCUUAUGACCCUUUUCAGAUCCUUCUAUACAAAAGUUCUUUAUAAGACCAAGUUUGAGUCUCCUUUGCCUUUGUAAACUUAGAAGGAUUUACAUUAAAGCUUUUGCCUCUUUCCUAAGAAUGUACAGGAGUGCAAUGUAGUUGCAGUUUCACAGAAAAUGCAGGUUGGCCAGGGUCAUACAGACAUUCUACAGAAGAGGUUUGAGGAAAGUUUGGUGGAAGGGUGACAGUAUGCAUACACAUCCCAUUCAGGCAUCCACACUGCAUCAGACAGUCCUAGUGGGCAGCUUCAGUCCCACUUCUCAUGCUGGCUCUUUUAAGUCUGUAUUUAUCACUUCUCUUGCACAUCUUCUCACUUUUGUAGGCUUUAUCUUGAAUGCAACAAAUACUAAAGAAAAAUACUUUUAUUACUGAUCUUGGUGUUCUUCACAUUUCAGGAGGACUAAACAUUUAGUAACAGGAAGUGGAAUUUUUCCCAAGUUGAAACUUUUGGGUCUUGUCUCAGUAAUGUUUAAAGAAAAUUUUCAUCGGAAUCUUUAUUUGGUCCUUUGUAUCUUGAGGAGGUUUUCAGUUAUUAGCUCAGUCUAGUGUUUUUCUAAAAGAGAAUGCUGUGUUCUGUACACUUGAGAGAUUUUUCUAAAUCACUAAAGGUGGUGGGCAUUUUCUUUGAUUUAUAGCUGUCUGGUCACAUGUCUUUUCCUUUGCCAAUAAGCAUUGCAUCCUGUGAAGGCAGAUCCAGGGACUUCAAUCCCAAAGGCACGGAAUACAAAUAAUACUUUAGGGUCAGAGUAUCAUAAUGUACUCAGUCAGAAAGGGCCUGUCAGAGUCAUUGAGUCCAGCUCCUGGCCCUGCACAGGACACCCCAAGAGUCACACCAUGUGCUUGAGAGGAUUGUCCAAACGUUCCUUGAAUCAGACAGGCUUGGUGCUAUGACUGCUUCCCUGGGGACCUUGUUCCAGUCCCCAGAUAUCCUCUGGGUGAAGAAUCACUUCCUGAUAUCCAGCCUAAACCUCUCCUAACUCAGCUUCAGGGCAUUUACUUGAGUUUUGUUACUGACUACAGGGAAAAGAGAUCAGCACCUGCCCCUCCACUUCCCUUUAUGAGGAUGUUGAAGACCUCUGUGAGGUGUCUCCUCAGUCUCUUCUUCUCCAGGGUGAACAGACCAAGUGACCUUAGCAGCUCCUCAUAAGUUUUCCCCUGCAGACCCUUCACCAUCUUCGUGGCCCUCCAUUAAGCUCUCUAAGAGCUUAAUGUCUUUCUUACCUUAUGGCACCCAAAACAGCCCUCAGCACGCAGUGCAACACCCAGUGCAAAGCAGAGCUGGACAAUCCCCUCCCUCGCCCAGCUGGCCAUGCUGUGCCCAGUGCCCCCAGGACACGCUUGGCCCUCCUGGCUGCCAGGGCACUGCUGACUCUUACCUUGCCAUCCACCAGGCCUCUCCAGAUCCCUUUCUGUGGUGCUGCUCUCCAGCCUCUCAUUCCCCAGUCUGUCUGUUGUCCCACCCCAGGUGCAGAAUCUGUCACUUGACCUUGUUAAACUUCGU